UUAAGCUAUCAUUCAAACCCGAAUAACACGAAAACAAUAUCUGCAAAUAGCAUUAGUGGUGAGUUGUACAAAAAUUUAUUUUAUACCUAUUUUAUUAAAUGACAGGGACUUCAAACCCACCAGCAACUAUUGAAGGAGGCGGUACUAAUCUCUCAGAAUACCGUGCUCUUCUUCAAGUCCUCGUAUAUGCUAGUCAGAAGAGUCAUGAUGCUGCUGCGGUGAUUCAUGACGCCCUUGUGGGAGGAGUCGUGGCUACUUUCUUUGAUCGACAACAAAGGAUCCAAAAUGGUGUUUUUCUUCCUUCUUCUAAAUGCAUAGCAACAAUGGCUCCCCUUAUUGCAGAGGGGUUUUACUCUCCUUCGCUGUCCUACACGCUCGAUAAUCCCUUUUCCACACUGUAUCAGCCCCUUUCGGAAAGCUACGGUCGUGACCUCUUUACGUUGGUGAUACUCUUAUUCCCCGAUUGCUUCAUGGAUGGACCACCCAUGGAUUCACAUUCUCGAACCAAUUCGCUAUCGGCUUCUGCCCCCAUAACCCCACAAGCGGUUGCGUUACAUAGUGCCUUAAAUAUAUCUCCAAGUGUCCAUCGGGAAAGCACCCCUUCAACUGGAACCCGGGACGCGAACGUAACCAAAAUCUCCCCACUGAGUACCUAUCGAGAACCCACAACCGUCAUUUUUCCGUCACUGAGCGUCACGCACGCCAACACUCAGGCCUUGGGAUCGGGUGGGACCCUCCCACACGCAGAGGCUGAUGUGAUGCAGCUCCAUCACUAUCGUUUGCAAGUUGCGGCGCAAUACUUGUCAGUGAUCAACGACACGCUGCACGACGUUCAAGUUCGUCAACUAAAGAAGGGAAAGGGCGCUGCUUUGACUUCCAGUAAGACGACCCCCGCUGAGGUGGUUAAUCUAAGAGUAAUCCAGACGUUCAUGGAGAAGCUGAAGAUGAUGCUUCUCUGUUGCAUGAGCGCGUCAGAGGUGGUGUAUCAGGGGGUGCUAGGGGCUCCGGAGUCCUCUCACAAAGGAGGCUCGCCCAUCCAAGGGUUGGAGAACGACGGAAUGGAGGACCCCACCCGAUAUGGGGUGCCGGUCCCACUCUCCCCUAUGCAACAGCUUGAGCAAUUGACGACGCAGUGCAGCUUAUUUAAACACCUGCGUUGGGCAGAUCCGGUGGAGUCAUGGAACUGGAGCGAAAGCGGAAAGGAAGCGGAAGAGUGGUAUGAUCGGGUGCUAGAGCACGUUAAUGAUGUGUUUGUCAAACAUAGGCAAUGUGAACUGGAAACUUUUUUAUUCACACUUAAGGAAGAAGCCCUACGGGAGCAGGGCCGAGCCAUAACACACGCACCAGAGAUCCUGAUGCAUCGCGCUACUGAUGGCCAUAGAGGGGUCACUCUCGAAUUGUGUCCAUCCCAGGUGCCAUAUAAGCCAAGGCUGCCCUCGCUGCCGAUACAAAACGGUGAGACCCACGUGCUUCUGCCCACAUCUAGACUGUGUAUGCAUUCAAUUUCCGGGGAUUCAUAUGUUGAGCUUCUGUUCGACGCAGCCACAUCUCCCUUUAUUACGGUGCUGAAUCGUUGGAAACAAAAAAGAUUCACUGAUGCUCAACUUCGCGAGGAAACUAAUCUCUUCUUCUCGACACCCUGGAAUCGUAUUAGCGAACAACAACGAUGUAUGAUUCAAAAUUACGUUCUUAGUAAUGGCUUUAUUGAUAAAAUUGUCGAGAAGAACCCAGUUCUGUUAGCCCGAAUUGUGUUGUGGUCCAAAGAAAACGUUGGUAACGAAUCAGACAACGGCCAGAUGUCCUUAAAUGUUGAUAACGAAGGACAUAAUGCCACACUUAAAGAUAAAAAUAGCGAUGAACCUCUAGUUAACCUAAGUACCAAGAUAAUUAAUGAGGUACUAUCUGGUUCUACUUUCUCGGUGUCAACUGCGCACUUCAUACGAGAGCUGGUGGCUCGCCGUGCGCUCGAUAAAUCUAUUUUCAUGGCAUGGGCACAACGACAGUGCGCAGGCUUCCAUAGGAACUCAACAUCUUUUCCUCCGGAAAAGACAUUUUUGGCUUUGAUGGAUUUUGUGUUGGUUCAAGCGUCGUGGGAACUAGAACCUGCAUUAGCUGCUGUCAUGCAGGAUCUUCGAACCGCAGCAAAAUGA